AUGGCCAUGGUUGCAAGGCUUCACGUAUGCCCACAGAGCUUAGAGCCCUUCAACUUCAAAGACUACCACAGAACCGGCCCAACGGUCAUCAUCGGGUCGGGUAUUCGGCGCUCCGGUUCGGUACUGCCCACGGGGCGUAAUGGGUUUUGCUUGAAGCAGUGCAGGUCGUUUAGGGGUGAGGAUGGACGGGACGCGGUGGAAGAGAAAGAGGCCGAAAGUGCGGGAAAGCGUGGGAAUUUGAAGAAGGGAAGUGGGAUUUGGAAAUCUUUGAGUUCUACUGUUUUGGGAGGUUUUGGUUUGCGUUCCAGAAAUUCUGAUGAAUACAGGAAAGCUGUGGCCAAGUUGGAGGAGGUCUGUUCCUCGGCUGCCGUACAAAUUGGAAGAUAUAUUGUGACCAUGAUGAGCACUGGAGUUAUACUAGCAAUUGGGUUUCAGUUGUCAGGUGGAGACAGUCAGUUGAGUGAGCUAGUUUGGUAUAGCUGGCUCGGAGGAGUUAUUAUUGGAACGAUGAUAGGAGCUAACAUGGUUUUAGAGGAACACUGUCGAGCUGGUCCAAGAAAUGUUGUCAUUAGUGGAAGUACAAGGGGACUUGGAAAAGCACUUGCUCGUGAAUUUCUUCUUUCUGGAGAUCGUGUGGUUGUCGCUUCUCGAAGCCCUGAGUCUGUACAAGCAACUGUCAGAGAGCUCGAGGAAAACCUACGGGAAGGUAUGAUCAGUGCUGGUGCCUCCUCUAAGCACCUGGCACAUGCAAAAGUGGUUGGCAUAGCAUGUGAUGUUUGUGAACCUGGCGAUGUGCAGAAACUGGCAAAUUUUGCUGUUAGUGAACUCGGUAAUAUUGACAUUUGGAUAAACAAUGCUGGCGCAAAUAAAGGAUUUAGACCCUUGCUUCAGUUUACUGACGAAGACAUUAAACAGAUUGUCUCGACAAACCUGGUUGGGUCUAUACUCUGCACUCGAGAAGCCAUGCGUGUAAUGAUAAAUCAGCCUAAGGGUGGGCACAUAUUUAAUAUGGACGGGGCAGGCUCUGGGGGGUCAAGUACCCCUUUGACAGCUGUCUAUGGGUCGACGAAGUGUGGUCUUAGACAGCUUCAAUCAUCACUUUUAAAGGAGUGCAAGCGGUCUAAAGUAGGAGUGCACACAGCAUCUCCAGGCAUGGUUCUUACAGAUCUGCUUCUCAGUGGCUCUUCUUUAAAAAAUAAACAAAUGUUUAACUUCAUAUGCGAGCUUCCUGAAACAGUAGCUAGAACUUUAGUUCCACGGAUGCGGGUAGUAAAGGGAUCGGGGAAGGCCAUCAAUUACUUGACACCACCUAGGAUUUUACUUGCUUUAGUAACUGCAUGGCUUCGACGUGGUCGAUGGUUUGAUGACCAGGGCAAGGCAUUAUAUGCAGCAGAAGCAGACCGACUUCGGAACUGGGCUGAAAACCGCACACGUUUUUACUUUACGGAUGCAAUGGAGAUGUACACAGAGAACACUUGGAUUCCCCUUACACUUCAAAUCCAAACCGCUAGCACAAGCAGCAACUUUCACGCAGAUGCUAUUUGGGAAGGACCAGCUGCCGUGCUUGGGACAACGACCUAG